CGCUCGGGCGCCCGACAGUGAGGGCGGCCGCGCUUCUCGGCGUCAGCCGGACAAAACCAGUGAGAGCGCAGCGCGCGCAGAUUGAGGCGCGUCGGAACCCGCUCAGGUCGCCGUGAGGACUGGAGGGCGCUGGAGCUCGCCAUGGAUAAACAAGAUGAACUUUUAAAGGAGUCUGAGAAAUUGGCAAAACAUAUGUCAUCAUACCAACAUGAUCUGGCUCCAACAAUCACCAGUAAUACAGUGUAUUCUAUAGAUGCCAAAGAAGAACUCUUGGAUGAAUGUGAGGAGAUAUGGAGGCAGAUGGAAGAGUGUCAGAGCAAGCUAACACUGCUAGGAAUAGAAACACUUCCAGAAUCAGAUGCUCAGCUUUCAUUGUUAAUGGUGCGAGUGAAGGCUUUAACAGCAGAGUAUAAUCAAUGGCAGAAACGAAGUCCUGAGAUAAUUUCCACCAAUCCAGAUGUUCUGGUAGCAUUAGGAAAGGAAGAGUUGCAGAAAGUAGACCAUGAUCUUGAAAUGGUGCUGUCUACAGUUCAGUCAAAGAAUAAAAAGCUGAAGGAAGACAUGAAAAGAGAACAGCAGUGGCUGGAUGAGCAGCAGCAAUUGGUAGAUGCUCUUGAUGUAACACAUGAAGAAAUGAAAAAUCAAGUGGUACAAUUUUCUGAAAAAAGAACGUUACAAGAACUGAAAAGUAAAAUGCUGAAAAUAAGGGCAUAUAAGGAAGAGCUCUUGAGUGCUCUGGGGGAGUUCCUAGAAGAACAUUUUCCUCUCCCGGAAGAAGAUGAAAGUGCUAAAAAGAAGAAAAAAAGUCUAGCUGAAGAACCAACUGUACAACUGGUAACGUUACAUGAAAUUUUAGAGCGUCUUAUAAACAAAUUAAUGAGUACACCACAUGAACCAUAUUUGACAAUCAGUGAUUCGUUCUGGCCACCUUAUGUUGAACUGCUGCUGCGGUAUGGAAUUGCACUGAGACAUCCAGAGGAUCCAAACAGAAUACGCUUAGAAGCCUAUCAUCAGUAAAGACACCUUUGUGACUAUUUAAAAAACAGAAAUGUGUUGAAUCAAUAAUCAUACUUUAAAAAUA